AUGGAAUUAAUAUAUAUAUAUAAGGUAUAUGGCUCGACUAGUUUAGUUAGUUUGCUGAUGUAUUCGUCGAAAUUGUCUUUAUUUUCACGGUUAUUGAACAUAUAUACUGCAUCGGUAUAUCUGUAACAUCUCGACAAUCAAACUAAACAUUAGAGACGAUAUACACAUGCGAUUUAAUUCAAUAUUUGUGAAACCGAACACGAUUUUCAACUAAUACGUUACCGUGGGAAAAACGAGCAAGCCAUUAAGUUAUAAUAAUUAUUCAUUUGAAUAUCACAUGCACAAGUCAAAAUAUCUCAACAACAAAAAUUAAAAAUUUUCUCUCGCUUAAUUAAGAGAUUAAAAAUUUUCGUUUUAUCUGCACUUUUAUAAAUACAAGUUCCAGCUAUCUCUCGCUAGCUGUUAAACAUUAAUAUUUCGGUUUAAAAUUUCUUUAUACUUUCAAUCAUUAACUACGCGUCGUGUUUUAUAUGUGAUAAAACACGAUUAACGUACAAAUUCUUAUAACUAAUUCCCUACAAUCAAGUGCCAAAAUAAUGAGACGUUUCAAUGUUUUAUCCCGAGUCUUUUUGAAUUCAUGCCCUCUACCCCCGUAGACAAUGUUGAGGAAAUGUUUGAGCUAACCCUCUGCCCUAAUGUCAUACAACAUUGUUAGGGACGUCGGGAAGCCAUCAACAUUGGGAGGGGAGUGUCGUCAUGUUUUGACCAACAUUUCCUAAGAUUUUGACCAAGUCGUAGGAAUGUUUCCCGAAAAUGUUGUCAAAAAAAUUUUCCGGACUAACAUAAGCAUAUUCAAAAAUUUUCGACCAAGAUAAGCAAGGCUUCCAAUUUUUUCACCGCAAACAUAACAAAAGCUUCAAAAUUGUUAAAAUUGCGAACCAUUUCAUAACUUUGAGCAACUUCGACCAUCUUUUAUCCCAAACUUUGACCGCAUUUUUCCGAGUUUUACCUUCAAUUUUAAGCAAAUAUCAGUUCCAUUUUGACCAACUUUGGGCAAAUAUCAGUUCCAUUUUGAACAACUUUGACCAACGUUUGAAUUAUUGGGGGGGGCUGUUACAUCCCCCACACACCCCUAUAGCGACGUCCCUGGCCUAAACAUUGUCUCGGAGGGAAAGAAGGGGGCGUAAUUGUUGUUUGGUUGACACGUGAUUCUUGGCUUGAUUUACUAAACCAAUUCAAUCCCUCAUUAUAAUUAAGUUGUGACGCCAUAUUGAAGCACUUUAAUGAAUGUCAGUUCAAGUUAAAUACAGCAAUCUCUUACUCCUUGAACCAUAUUCCUGUCUAUAAUCUUUGAUACUCCUAAUUCCAAUCCUUACCCUAACUUAACCCUGAUCUUAUCUUUAUCAUGAUAACCCUGGAGCGAAGAGAAUUCGGCGAAAUAUUACCCUCAGUGAUGAUAUUCAUCACUGAGGGUAAUAUUUCGCCGAGUCCCCCGAGCGGAGGGUCUAUAAAUGAUAUAUUAUACCGAGAAUUAAAAGCCUCCAAGUUGAGCGGACAUAUAAAACUUGCCACAUACCCUGGUGAAUGCGAUGUUUUAUUUUUGGAUUAACGCAAGUAUCGUCGCUUUUCUUUCGAAUCACAUAUCGCUUGGAAUAUUGAUGAUAACAUUUUUCAAACUUUCUUCAAAAAAACGACGUCUUUUUAAAAAUUAAUAAGUAUAAAAACGUAAUAUUAAGUAGUAUAUUUUGUCGGCUAUCUUGUUUGCGUGAUCGCCGCACGUGGUUACGCGAAUCAUGUCUGACCCGGAUGACAUGAUCAAAUUGCCAUGUUAUAUGAAUCAGUCACCCGCUUACGUCAAAUACGAUGACGUAAGGCACGAUUUGAUGAUAAAUUUCAUACUCGCGUGGCACAAACUUAGCUUUCUGAUUGGACACUUUGAAUUUGAAGUAUAAUAUACAUACUUUAUCCAACUUCCCAUUUUAAUUCCUGACCCCUCAUGCAUUCCUAACCCGAUAACAUUUUGAAACUGUGCAAAGUUGUUACGCCAAAUUUUGAGGCAUUUCAAUGAAAGUUAUAUCCCAAAUUUUGUUUCUUAGAUAUUUAAAGACCGCAGUCCAUUGAACCACCGUAGUAAAUAUAAUGACAUCAUCCUUUUACUCACGGAUGGUGAACCUAACGGUGCUAGGAACGUGACACAAAAGACCAUCGCUCAAGCGCAGAUAUUAAAAGACAGAGGAGUGCUAAUAAUUGGGUUGGGGGUUGGCUCUGUCAAUAUGACAACACUGAGAGCGAUUUCCAGCCCAGGAGAAGCAGCACUGGCAACAUUUGAUAAUAUUCAUACGAAAUUAGCAAGACUUGUCGCUGGAUCUUGUCAACAAGUUGAACCCGGUCCAAGUACGAUUAGUAUUAAUUUGAGCUAAUUUAACUUUUGUCGUGCAUGUUCUAGACUGCCCUCCCCAGAAGUCAAGUACUGAAAGGUCCAGACAAUAUUUCUGAAAAAUAUUUCCAAGUUUAUAAACAAACUGCUGGGAAGUUUGCCGUGAGGUUUUAGUUAACCUAUGAUUAAGCAAAUGGCCGUUGCAACAGGAAAUGUGACCCCCUCCGGGCUAAAUUGCCUAGGAAAGUUGUCCCUCGGGCCAUAUUUUCUAGAAAAUAUGCCUCCCCCCACCCCCUUUAGGACCGAACGGUUAGAAGCAGAUUACUCACGAAAGUGAAAAUUAAUUAUAUGCAACCAAAUGUGUUAUACUGUCGGCCGUUAGUUUUCAAUUAUAUGUGCUACAUUUAUGAAGGAAUGUGGAAAUUAGUCGGGAUUAAACUAUGAGCCGGUUUUCCACUGGGCGGAAUUUUGCGCGCGGAGCGGAAUUUUUCUUUGUCUUUUCUAAUGAGUUCCACCCGAGAAAUCACAAGACAAAGAACAAUUCCGCACUGCACGCAAAAUUCCGCCUAAUGAAAACCGGACCGGCUUAACGUCCAAAAUGAAAUUCGAAUUAUAUAUAGUACAGUAUCUGAAAUGAGUUCUGAUAGAGUUUGCAUGUUCGAGAUAUUCUGGUGAGUUUGGAGUAAACUAGGAACGUUUGUGCCUCAAAUUAUAUGUGUGAUUGUUCUUUGGGGGUAAAAGUUUAUAAAGUUUGUCAUCUGGCCUGGAUUUGAUCUUACUGAAUCAAACAGCUGCGAUAUAAUGAGCUAUAAUGAUAAUGAUAUUAAUGAGUUAUACACAACAAGUUUUGAAGUGCCAACUACAUGCGCCCAUGCCAUAAUUAUCCUAAGAUUUUUAAAAAACUGGAAGACAAAACUAUGGUCUGAAAAGUGUUAGUCAAUAUAUUUCUAGAUGUUGCAACCGCGCGAAAACUAAAUAAUGAUAUUUGCUUUUAAGUAACCAUCAUGGGUUGCAUGCGUAGUAUAUGCGUCAGGAAUUUCCAAACGUAGUUUUGAAACAAAACUUGAAGACAAAACUAUGAUCCGAAAAGUGUUAGUGACAUGUGCUAUUCGAUUUACUCCAAACUCACCAGACUAUCUCAAACCUUACUUCGAAUUUCAUUUUGGACGUUAAUCCCGACUAUUUUCCACUUUCCUUCAUAAAUGUAUAGCACAUGUAAUCGAAAACUAUUAAACGGUAUAAUACAUUUAGUAAUUGCAUAUAAUUUUCACUUUCAUGAAUAAUCUUCUUCUAAUAGACAUGUUUAUGCAGGGAGGUUGGCAAAUUUCCUGGCGGACACCAGUUUUCAAACAACUGGCCCCCAGUGUUUUAAGGGACCGGUCAUAAAGUAACUGCAAGGGUGGGCCGAAGGGAAAAAUAGGUUUACCAAAAAAUAACCCGGUGGCCCAUCCUGAGUACCUUGAAAAAAUUUCAAAGCCCAUCGUAGGUCAUUGGAAAAAUUUCACGACUCAUCCUGCUCUUCAUGAAUAUGUACAGUAUAGCAGUCAUUUUGAUCAAACCAUGCACUGAGUCACUUUCUCAUAACUUUACAGAACAAAUUAAUUGGUUAUAGUAUGUAUUGAGUGCAAUUAUGCAAACAGGCUAUCCGUGUUUCAUAGCCCAUCCAUUUCCACAAAAAACAAAUUGAUGACCCACCCAAACUGAUGAAAAUAAUUUCAUGGCCCAUCCUUAUUUCUUCCGGCCCAUCCUAGCAGUUACUUUAUGACCAGUCCCUUACCACUAGAAAAAGUUACAGCAAGUAAGGAGUAUCCCUUAUUCAUCCAGGCGUACUGCAGAAGAAACCCGGAGCAUCUAGAGAAACAAGUGGUGUCUCGUAGACUUGAUCUCGAGACAUUUUCCCCCUUGUGAAUAAGUUAUAAUAAUUUUACGUAUCCUUCCCUCUCAUGACAUUGACUAGAAGCAGAUCGGAUCAUAUGAUCACCAUUUAAUUAUCUUGGUAUGACUAACACAAUUACACAAGAGAAAAUAUUUAGACGAGUAAUAAGAAAAAGCGCGACCACAAUGUUAAAUGAUUUGCGAACAAAUCAUAAUAAGUUCUUUGUAGGUUUGCAUGGCGAUAAAACAUAUAAAUACUGUACUUUUUGUUUGUGUAAACACCACGUAAAUUUAUUAUUACAAAGCUUUCGAUCCGUAAGCCCGGAUCUUCAUCAGUGAUCUUCAUCUUCAUCAUUCUUCAUCAUCUUCUUCAUAUUAUUAGCACUGAUGAAGAUCCGGGCUUACGGAUCGAAAGCUCUGCAGUAAUAAAUUUACAUGAUGUUUCCACAAACGAAAAGUAUUAUAUGAACAAAUCAUACUUGAUAUUUUCCAAAUAAUUAAUUUCAUCUAGUAAUGUAAAGAUGAAAUAUGGACGCAAUAUCAUCUGUGCAGACGUACUGUAGAUAUGGUUUGUGCAUGCAUUUUGCUAUUAAACAACAUAUAUCGUAGAUCUUUCUCCCUGUUUGUCCAGACAGAUUAUCCGUUUUUAUAGUAUGUAAACCACAACAUUAAUUUCUUUCUCAGCUUGUAAGUGUCCGGCAGUGGAGCUUGGCGAUCAGUUUAUUCUUGAAUCUGACAGCUCAUCACGGCAAGUAUCAUGGGAUAGACCUCAACCAAGCUGCAGCGAUUCAAACGCCAAAGUUUCUCUGACGAGUGUCGAACCAAUUGUCCAGUCUGGAGACUUGUUUCAUGUUGGUCGACAUAAUAUAGAGUACACAUAUAGUGUGAGCGAGACACCAGGGUCUGAGGUGAAGUGUGAUAUCAGUUUUGAAGUUAUUAAAGGUUUGUAUAAUCAAAAUAUUUAAAAAGUUCUUAAUGGCCACACCACAUGUAACAAUACUGGCACUCAGUGACAGUGGCGGUGGAACAGGUUUUGUUUGAAGGGAGGGGGGAUAGUUUUUAGCUAAGUUUGGUACCGCAGCGCAGUUUUCAACUAAGUGCCAAUACGUCAUGGGAAAAAACAAUCUAACUGUAAUAGCAGUAGCGUGGAAAGAUAUUUAAAGUCAGGUAUGCUGAAAACUAUGGGGUCCGGAAGCAUACUCCCCUGGGAAAAAAAUUGAUGCUCGGAAAUGCCAUUAACUGUACCUUCUGAAGUUUGGACGGCAAACAUGCUACAAAUAAUGGCUUCAUAAUGAAUCAACAGGUUUUCAUCGGUUUGAUGACUUGGUGGGGGCUAAAAUCGCCGGCAAAUUAGCAUAGUUCAAUGGAAAAAGCUCACUCUUUUUAAACAAGACAUGUACGACUUGAUCUACUUUAGGGUGGCUUAGCCCCUGUGAAAAUUGUUAUACUGCAUGAUGCCUAAACGCUAGCGCUCUCAGUUUAAAUUCACUUGGGGAUUAUUUCAUUAACUAUAUAAUGUUGGAAAGUUUGUUCACUUUGCUUUUCAAGCAUCCAUCAAGAAUCUUCGUGUUACUGUCUUACUCUGAUCGUGCUUUUUUCUUGGAGGGGUGGGGGCUUAGCCCGUCCACCACUUUUACUUCUUGGGGUUAGGCUAUAGUCACCCUUGCCCCAGAACCUGUUCCGACGCCCCUGCUAUACGAUCCAGUGACCGUUCUCCAUACCAACAACUGUAUAAUGAGUCUGUGGAAAUCAUGGAACUCAAAUGAUUAGAGGAAAAUCUCUCAGGUGCUCUUCCGUAAUUGACUAAACAGUAUGACCAUGAGGUCCCAUUCGCCCCGUGCCUCUCUUCCACCCGAUUCCCCAUUUUUGCGUCAAGGUGGGAAAAAUGUACGCCUGAUAUUCAGGUUACGUUCACACGGAUAAAUAUGAAACCAUUUUGCCUCUCGCGAUCGCAUGAACUGAGCUAAGAAUGAGCUAGAGAAUCAACCUGAAACCGUAAUUUCAGGUCAUGCAGAAAAGGUAGUUGGUCUCUCAUAUAGUGGAUGUAAAUAGUAAACAGGUUUGGAUUAUCCCAAGACAAAUUUCCAUUCAUUGUAAAAGUCCGGAUUGGGCAUUUUGUUGCGCAUAUCAGGUGUAAAUGCACCAUAUCAGGCCUCUCAGGCCUCAGUAACACAGUUACUGUAAUACUUCUUCGGCAGAUGUGAGUCUUGAAUAAAUAAAAGUCCUUAAGGCAAGGCAUAUUUUAAUACCAUGGACUGGUGGGGCAUUUGCCCCACUGGGCCUUUUCUUCUGCCCCACCACUGAAGAAAAAAAAUGAUCUAUUGCCCCAAAGCCAUGCAGGGCCCUAAGUCCUGUAUUGAGUAAAUGAGUUCAACCGACAUUGAAAAGAAGUUUAAAAAACAAAAUUUGUUGGUGAUUAUACUUAAACUUAUGUUGUGUUUGAAUAUUUAGCAUGCAAUUUAUCACAAAUUUCACCAUUAAAACUUUGUUUUAAACAGCUGAAAUUUUUUUAAAAAUGUGUUCUCAGAAUGCAGGAAAUGACAGUUUCAGAGACCCAAAUUUUAAAAAUUUCUUAGGGGCUAUGGCCCCAGACCUCCACAGCUAACUCGUGCCUACGGUACUCGGCUCACACCUUCGGCGAUUUCAUAUACUAUCCUGGGGGGAGGGCAAGGAGAGAAUGGGUCCUUUUUGGCAGUUUCGCUCCACCACUUAAGAAUCCUUAAAAAAUGCACUGCAUUAAGGCGCUGUUACAAUAUGCAACUUGCAAUUGUCUCGGAACUUAUCUCACAAUGUUAAGAAAUACGAUUUCAGCAUUGCAUUGCAAGGGAUGUUACACCAAGCAGUAUGUGUCCCAUGCAACUUGCAAUGAUAACAGUAUAAAAACUGCGAGUGCUAACGUUUGGUGCCAGAUUGACAGUCAAAAGCCAAUAGGAAUGGCUUCAGUGUAUAAACAUUGCGAGACUAGUAGCAAGACAGAUGUUACACUGUGCAAUGCUUAAAAAAUGCGUUGCCGCAAUUCUUGCAAAAAGUAGAACCUGAUUCUACUUCGUGCAAUGGUUGUUGCAACAAUAAUAUUGCGAGACUUGUUGAUUGGGAGACAUGAUACACCUUGCAAUUUCGCGUGCAACUUGUGUCGCAACAAAAUUGCGAGACAAAUAUUCGUAUGAUAUUUCGCUCGUACGCGUCAGCUAUAUUCAUCCAUUUUUACUAUGAAACCAAUUUUCGUCUAAGGGGCAAACAUGUGCCGUGGCAAGGCUUACUCGGUUGGACAGGACGUUUGUUGCUGUGGGCAGAUACAUGAAAAGAAAUAUAACUAUCAAUGCUGUGGCACUGAUUAUUUCUCGAAAUCCAUCCAACGGUGUUGUCCAGUGUCAACUUUACGAAAUAUAAAUCAGUCGUGCAUUGAUCCUCGUAAGUAUGGAAAACACAGGUGGCAGAUGCGGUCACUUCCGCUGCCCCUUACUACUGUGUUAGGCUACUAGGUGUGGAAUUGUUUCUUGAUGCGGACUGCCCAGCUCUAACUUGAUUUGCUUGAAUAUACUUGCAUGUAAGUAGAGCUGUGGUUGGUUUUCAGCUCUGCUUUGAGGGUUUUUCUCCAAAAGUACUCCGUUUUUUUCCCCUCACCAAAAUCUGACUAAAAUACCUUCCACUUCAGUUGUCAUCCGUGAUCAGAGAUGAUCCCUUGGGGGCAGCGAGAGGCACCUAGCUAGUAAGCUCUAAACGCUUUAUUAUACAAAAAACUGUAAAACGGGCACCCCUCCCAAUAAAAAGGACUCGCCUCAAAAGUGCAAACUUCUUUGAUUUAUAGAAUUAGGUAAAUGUAAGAGAGUUCAGUAUCACCGAUUAUUAACAUUUUUGACGAAGGUAGUGAAACGGUCGGAUAAGUAAGGCUACCACUUUGUGACCAUACUCUACAGCAGACUUAACAUAUAACCCUAAUUGCAAAUGUUCAUUAUACAUGAACGAUUUUCAGUCCUGGUGCGGUCUCGAUCCAUAGCACUCGCCUGUGUUGUAUCAGGUAACUAGAUUAAAGAUAGCUAAUAAAACUAUUUGCUGACCAGUAAACAAUGGACCUUAGCGCCGGUAUUCUAAAAGCUCACACUCAAUGAGUGAAGGUUCAAUCUGAGCUUCUCUCGAGUGUCAAUGCUGUUUUUGAAUAGCAGGAGGGUGAGCAGUCACACAGUAAGGUACGACACUAGCCCUCCAGCUAUUCAAAAACAGCAAUGACACUCGAGAGUGUGAGUGUGAGUGAGCUUUUAGAAUACGGGCGUAGAAGUACUUAUGUCACAUAAUUUUCAAACAAUGAAUUAUUGACCCAAAAGUAUCCCACAAUGCUCUAUGCAUUCCAGAAGACCUCUGUAUUGAAAAUUACGUGUCGUAUAGGCACUUCUAAGGUCUAUUGAUAUGAACUUUUUCACGGUAUUCGUAUUCUUAUUACUGUCGUUCCAAUUGAAGUGUUCCUCAAAUAUUGAUUCAAUACAUUACCUCAGGCUGCCCAAUUCAUUUCAUCAAGUUCCUCGAGAUAUUCAUACGCUUCCUGUGAAAGAGCCAAUUCCAAGAAUUUGAUCAUUUCUGGUCACUUUCUUUCUAUUUAUGAUUGGUUAGUUGCACAAACAACAAAGGUGAUUGGUGCAUUCAAACUAUUCAACAGGAAGUUUACAAUUAUACUAGGAAGUGUAUGAAUAUUUCGAGGAAUUUGAUCAAAUGAAUUGGUCAGCCCGAGGUAAUGUAUUGAAUCAAUAUUUGAAAAACACUUCAAUUGGAACGACAGUAAGGUUAUAAUUCAAAUGUGACUAACUUGCUGUUUUCCAUUUCGCAAAACUUCUGCAGUUUUGUAUUCACUACUCACUGUAUUAUAUGAGCCCACAUGUGGCGAGUAGACCAUCAAUCAGAUUGCACUUGCAGAAUAAUUCAAUGCAGUGGACAGUUUAUAUCUCUCCAUCUCUAGCAUGCAAAUGUCUAGCAGUGAAUCUUGGUACAAGGUACAUGAAAGAGGGUGAUCUUACGAUUAGUGUCACGUGGGCUGUGCCACGCCCGACAUGCGGUGGACGAUUACGAACAAUAACACCAGACGCCCGUCCUGGACAGAUGGUUAAACCUGGGGAGUAUAGAGUAGACUACCUGUACCAGACCACCAACAGAAAUGAUAUCACGUGUACCGUUCGUUUCGAAGUCAAAGGUUUGUAAAUCCUAUUAUUUUUAUCCUAAACUGUUUAACUCGGGUUUUUUCGCCAAUCGAAGUCAUUAGCCAUAUUUUUACUUUUGGUAAAUUUGCCUUAUAAUUUUGUGAAUGCAACGUCUCUAAAAGGUCAGGACUGUUUUUGAGCCUAGUAAAACAAAAGUAGCAAAUUUCCAAUAGUUAAGCUAUAAAAGUUACACUACUACUUUAUGGCUGAUAGUCGGUACUACAUUGCCAUGACAAAGCGGACUGUUCACACAUAAAAAAUUACUGCUUAUUGUGCUAUCUACACUAGAAGUAUUACCUGCAUUGGACCCCACGUUUACGAUAUUAAAAUCGUAAUAUUCGGCACAGUACUUGUGACUCAUUCCUGAUCUCGUGUCCUUUCUCUAGAAUGCAGUUGUCCACUGCCAGUUCUGAAAACGUUUAGGGUAACCCCUGGUGAAACGACCACCGCUGUAACAUGGACAGCCCCGCUAUCCACAUGUUCCGAAGCAAUAAGAAAGACUGUAUUAGCACCUCAAGUUACACCGGGACAGUUGUUUGCCAUUGGCCAACACACGGUCGUAUAUACAUACAACAUAAAUGAUCAGUUUGAUCACCGAUGUGCAGUUAUGUUUGAAGUAAGAGGUAGGUUAUUUAAUACUAUUGAUUGAAUAUAGAAACAUGAUCAAUAUACAUGUACACAUGAUACACUGUCAUAUUGUAAACAAUUACUAUUGUUGUCAUAAAAAUAACCACCGUCAUAAUGAUAACCAGCACCACUUUGAUCACAACGUACCAGCAUCAUCAUGAUCAUGUAUCAUCACUGCCUGCACAACUAAUAUCAUCACUACAGUCCUGACCACCAUCAUCAUGACCAUAGCUUCCAUCACCAUCAUCAACACCAACAUCACUAACAUAUUCACUGGCCAACAUCUGAAUCGCCAUUACAAUCAUCUGCAUCACCAAUGUGCACCAUCAUCAUCAUCACAGUCACAAUUAUCACCAUCACCACCACCAUCACAACCGUCACAAUUGUACCACAAUCACUGAUAAUAUACCGCUAUCUAUCUUCCAGGAGCUCUAUGUCGCAACAAAGGCUACAAUCCAGCAAACCAAGUAUGCUGCUGUGGUACAGUUCACAACAGAAUUCCAGGUCAUGACUGCUGUGGUCAAGACUAUUACUCAUUAACCUCCCAGCAUUGUUGCGCCAACUCAGUCAUGCGAAAUAAGGCCGUGUCUUGUCCAAGACAAUGA